AUGCCCGUGGGGCUCGCUCCCACGAGGACGACCACUCUCCUCUGCUCCUCGACGACCUCCAAGACCUCCUCCGCCAUCCUCAGCCUCUCCCGCACGCAAGUCCGCCACGCCACCUUCAUCCCCCGGCCGCGCCGCCCCUAUACCUUCACCCAGCUCGUCACCCUCUCCGACGGCUCCGCCUACACCAUGCGCACCACCUCGCCGCAGCCCAUUUACCGGGCCUCCAAGGACACCCGCAACACGUUAUUGUGGCAGCCCAGCGAGAAGUCGCUCAAGAACGUCGAGCUGGAUGAGGCCGGUAAGCUCGCUGCUUUCCGUGAGCGUUACGGCCGUGCCUACGACUCUGGAACCGCCGCCGAGGACGACGGUGCUGCUGAGGACGAUGUUGGUUAUGCGGACCUUAUCACUGGAUAUGCGCCUGCCCAGGACGCAGGCUCUUUGAAGGAUUCCGGUCCCAAGAAGCAGGCCAAGAAGAGAAAGUAA